UUAUAAGUGAGGAGGCUGCGCCUGGCGUGCUGAGCGCCUGGGCUCUAGAGCUGAAGAAACACCGGGAGCUAGGCGUCGCGUCCUUUGUGCCCGGAACCGUGGGGAUGUGUCCGCGCUAAGGAGCCAGCUCCAGUAUGGGGGCCGAAUCUGUGUGGGCCUCAGGCCUCCUGGUGCUGUGGCUGCUGCUCCUAGUGGCUGGGGAUCAGGACACGCAGGACACCACUGCCACGGAAAAGGGACUUCACAUGCUAAAGUCGGGGUCAGGACCCGUCCGUGCUGCCCUGGCAGAGCUAGCAGCCCUGCCCUGCUUCUUUACCCUGCAUCCGCGGCUAAGCACCCUGCGAGACAUUCCUCGGAUCAAGUGGACUAAGGUUCAGACCGCAUCAGGCCAGCGACAGGAUGUGCCAAUCUUGGUGGCCAAAGACAACGUGGUGCGUGUGGCCAAGGGCUGGCAGGGACGGGUGUCACUGCCUGCUUACCCCCGGCACAGAGCCAAUGCUACCCUCCUGCUGGGGCCACUGCGAGCCAGCGACUCUGGACUGUAUCGCUGCCAAGUGGUGAAGGGUAUCGAGGAUGAGCAGGACCUGGUAACCCUGGAAGUGACAGGCGUCGUGUUCCAUUAUCGGGCGGCCCGGGACCGCUAUGCUCUGACCUUCGCUGAGGCCCAGGAGGCUUGUCGCCUGAGCUCCGCUACCAUCGCCGCCCCACGGCACCUGCAGGCUGCCUUCGAAGAUGGCUUUGACAACUGCGACGCGGGCUGGCUCUCAGACCGCACGGUUCGGUACCCGAUCACUCAGUCACGUCCUGGUUGUUAUGGUGACCGCAGCAGUCUGCCGGGUGUUCGGAGUUAUGGGAGACGCGACCCGCAGGAACUCUACGAUGUCUACUGCUUUGCCCGCGAGCUAGGGGGUGAAGUGUUUUACGUGGGCCCCGCCCGCCGACUAACCCUGGCGGGCGCGCGGGCGCAGUGUCAGCGGCAGGGUGCAGCGUUGGCCUCCGUGGGGCAGUUGCACCUGGCCUGGCACGAGGGCCUGGACCAGUGCGACCCGGGCUGGCUGGCCGACGGCAGCGUGCGCUACCCGAUCCAGACUCCGCGCCGGCGUUGUGGGGGCCCGGCUCCAGGUGUGCGCACAGUGUACCGCUUCGCCAACCGCACGGGCUUUCCGGCGCCAGGAGCACGCUUCGAUGCCUACUGCUUCCGAGCUCAUCACCAUACAGCACAACAUGGAGACUCUGAGAUCCCCUCAUCCGGAGAUGAGGGGGAGAUUGUGUCAGCAGAGGGGCCCCCAGCCCGAGAACUAAAGCCCAGCGUGGGGGAGCAAGAGGUGAUAGUACCUGACUUCCAGGAACCUCUCAUAUCCAGUGGAGAAGACGAACCCCUAGACUUGACAUGGACACAAGUACCUCAGGAGACCCUCGGCUCUACCCCAUGGAGCCCCACACUGGCUUCAUGGCCCGCUCUGGAAAAGCGGCUGCUUACAGGUGCCACAAGCCCCAGCAGCAUGGCAGUAGAUAUGGAAGAGACAACACCCUCAGGCACACAGGUAGCCCCCAUCCCCACGACAACGAUGACGAGGAGGGACCGCUUUAAAGGGUUGAAUGGUCGACACUUCCAGCAGCAGGGUCAGGAAGACCAGCUGCCUGGGGCAGCAGAGCCCAGGACCCAGCCUUCCACCCUGGAAGUUACUGCCGACCACAUGAGGCCUUCUGCAGCCACAGAGGCUUUAGAGGGUGACCAGAGUCACAGUCCUUGGGCCAUUCUGACCAACGAAGUGGAUGAGCCAGGAGCAGGCUCUCUUGGCAGCAGGAGUCUCCCAGAGUCCCCGAUGUGGUCCCCAUCGUUGAUCUCACCCAGUGUCCCAAGCAUCGACAGUACUCCUGACCUGAAGCCAGGGGCAGCUGAGGCCCCCAGUGUGAAGGCAACCAUCCCGCACCUGCCCUGGCUGCCCUCAGAGCCCCCUGCUCCCUCCUCCAGCCCCUCAGAGGCCCUCAGUGCUGUCUCCCUCCAGGCGUCCCCUGAUGAUGGCUCCCCAGACUUCCCCAUUGUAGCCAUGCUUCGAGCCCCCAAACUGUGGCUUCUGCCACACUCUACACUGGUCCCCAAUGUGACCCCAGUCCCGCUCUCCCCAGCCUCUCCACUCCCCUCCUGGGGCCCAGAAGAACAGGCUGUCCAGCCUGUCAGCCUUGGAGCCGAGGACCUUGAAACCCCAUUUCAGACCACCAUGACUGCCCCAGCUGAAGCCAGUCACAGAUCCCCUGAUGCAGAUUCUAUAGAAAUUGAGGGGAUCAGCUCCAUGCGGGCUUCAAACCACCCCAUCUCUGGCCCAUGGGCUUCUUUGGACUCCAGCAAUGUGACAAUGAAUCCUGUCCCUUCUGAUGCUGGCAUCCUAAGGACUGAGUCUGGGGUCUUGGACAUAACAGGGAGUCCCACAUCAGGUGGACAGGCUACUGUGGACAAGGUGCUGGCCACCUGGCUACCACUGCCUGGAAAAGGACUGGACCCUGGCUCCCAGUCCACACCCAUGGAAGCCCAUGGAGUCACCAUGAGUGUGGAACCUACAGUGGCUUUGGAGGGAGGUGCUACCGAGAGUCCUAUGGAGGCCACCAUGGAGGUGGUCCCCAGCACUGCUGAUGCCACUUGGGGGUCUGAACCCAAAAGUUCCAUUUCUAGCACCCACAUGGCUGUGACCGUGGCCGGGCCCCAGGUCAUGCCCACACUGACCUCUACAGGCUCCAAAGGCCACCCAGAGCCAGAGGGACAGAUGGUGGCCCAGGAGUCACUGGGACUUCUCAGCAGUCUAUCUUCACAUCCCUGGUCAUCCCUGGCCUCCAGCACGGACGAAGUGGCCUCAGUUUCCUCAGGGGAACCCACAGGGUUGUGGGACACACCCAGCAUUCUGAUACCGGUGUCCAUGAGCUUGGACGAAUCAGACCUGAAUGUUGUGGCUGAGAGUCCAGGCUUGGAGGGCUUCUGGGAAGAGGUGUCCAGCGGGCAGGAAGACCCCACAGAUCCCUGCGAGAACAACCCCUGCCUGCACGGGGGCACCUGCCACACCAACGGCACCAUGUAUGGCUGUAGUUGUGACCAGGGCUAUGCUGGGGAGAACUGUGAAAUUGACAUUGAUGACUGCCUGUGCAGCCCUUGCGAGAAUGGAGGCACCUGCAUCGACGAGGUGAACGGUUUCAUCUGCCUCUGCCUUCCCAGCUACGGGGGCAGCCUGUGCGAGAAGGACACAGAAGGCUGCGACCGUGGCUGGCACAAAUUCCAGGGUCACUGCUACCGGUACUUUGCCCAUCGGCGGGCCUGGGAGGAUGCAGAGAGGGAUUGCAGGCGCAGAGCUGGCCACCUGACAAGCGUCCACUCGCCAGAAGAGCACAAGUUCAUUAACAGUUUUGGACAUGAGAAUUCGUGGAUUGGCCUGAAUGACCGGACAGUAGAGAGGGACUUCCAGUGGACAGACAACACAGGACUGCAAUAUGAGAACUGGAGGGAGAAGCAGCCGGAUAAUUUCUUCGCAGGUGGGGAGGAUUGUGUGGUGAUGGUGGCACAUGAGAGUGGGCGCUGGAAUGAUGUCCCCUGCAACUACAACCUCCCCUAUGUCUGCAAGAAGGGUACAGUGCUGUGUGGUCCCCCUCCAGCAGUGGAGAAUGCCUCUCUUGUUGGUGUGCGCAAGGUCAAGUACAAUGUCCAUGCUACUGUGAGAUACCAGUGUGAUGAAGGAUUCUCCCAGCACCAUGUGGCUACCAUCCGAUGCCGCAACAACGGGAAGUGGGACCGGCCUCAGAUCGUGUGCACCAAACCCAGGCGGUCACAUCGGAUGCGUAGACACCACCACCAUCCACACCGACAUCACAAGCCUCGCAAGGAGCACAGAAAACACAAGAGACACCCAGCGGAAGACUGGGAGAAAGACGAAGGGGAUUUCUGCUAAAGAUCCAGACUAAUCAAGCACAAGUUCCCACACCUCCUCCAGAAUAUUUCCCUGGGGACCCAGAACCCAGCAGCCACCAGAGAGAGGGUGGGGACACCCCAGAGCCCCACAUCCCUGUGGUCCUGUGGUCGGUCCUCUGUACAAAGCUCAGAUUGCUCUCUCCUUCCUUACUGAGGUCCUCCUGGCAGGGGUGGCUGGGCCCGAGAGGCCACUCUGAUCUGGCUGAGCCUCUAGGAUUACUUCUCAGCCAUCAAAGGGGGUCCCAAAGUCUGCAUCCAUGAUGGGUGACAGUAUGUCUGUGUGUGCUGGGGAGUGGCUUUCAUACCAGAGAUUCAGGCUUAGUAAACAGUGGACCAUCCUGAAUCUAUGGUGAAGCUUUGGCUAAAGUCACUAUAUUUGAGUGGAGGACCAGCAGAGCAAACAGGAUGGUCCCCUGGGAUCCCUCAAAGGUGGCUUCCAUCCCUCUGGCUUUCUUUUUUUCCCCUUUCUUCUUCCUCCUUCCCAAUUCCAACACCUCCAGUCCCCAAACUAGGCUGGCCUUGAACUCACUAUUGUAGAAGGAUGUCUGUCCUUGAAGUCUCAAUUCUCCUGCCUCUGUGCCACCAUGCCUACCUGGUUUAUUUGGUGCUGGAUGGAAUCUAGUACCGGGUAGUGCUCUCUCUACUAACCAGCCCUGGUCUUUGGUCUUGGUACAGACCACUAAAUCUAGUGUGGAACUCUCAUGUACUGAAUUUUAGUGAUGUCUCUUAGAGCCACUGGCCUCUUGGUUUCCUAGGGGAGGCUACUGAGAGUAAUGGGGGUGGGAAGGGUUAGUGUCUUGCUGACUCCCCAGGUCUAGUGCUGUGUUAAGAUCUGGUGGUUCUGUUUUGGGUUGUUUUUGUUUUGAGACAGGGCCUCACUGUGCAGCCCUGGCUUGCCUGGAACUUGCUGUAUAGACGAGGCUAACCUGGAACUCAGCGAUCUGUCUGCCCAGCCAUCUUUUGUUGUAUUGACAUAGGAUCUCCAGAGCCUAGGUUGGGUUUCAGGCCACAGCAAUCAUCCUUUCUCAACCACCUGAAGGUGACAGGCAUACGCCAUGCUAUGUGGCAGCUUAGUGGGUUUGUGAUGACAAAUCUCCCAUAUCCAUGUGUACAGAAGUAAGACCAGUAGAGAAGAAUGUGCUGGAUGCUGCUGUAUCCCUCACCCUCCAUCUCUCAGGGAGACAGACAACCUUCUGCCUGGACCAAGAUGGUGCCAUGUUUUCUAACCCAGAGCCUGUCUUUACUAAACCCUUUCAGCAGACCUCAAUAAAUCUCCUGCCUCAGAUCCCAUCCCUGCCCCACCCCACUUCUGUUUCCACAUCCUGCCUGAUGGACUUAAUGCUUACAGUGUUCGUGGUCCUAUGGUAGAAAGAACAACGCUCUUAGAAUCAACACACACACACACACACACCUUCUCUCCUGGUUUUACAUUUUUAAAAAUGUGAAAGAAUCCACUUUGCAUUCCCUCUUCCCAUCUGCACCCCAGAAAAGACUUCCCAAGCCAGGGACAGGGCCCCUCACAGAGGGAUUUGUCUAUAGAGCUCAUGCAGUCUGGGUAGAAUCUGUGAAUUUGUGUUAAAACCACAAUAGAGCCUGAGCUCAGUGGGUAAGGAUGCUGCAUAAGCCUGAAGAAGUCAGUUUAAUCCCUGGAGCCUAUGUUUUAAAAAUGGAAAGUCUGGUAGGGUGGUGUGCAUCCUGGUCCCAGUAUCCCUGUGCUGAGAGACUACAGGAGACUUGUAAGCCAUCUAACCUGGAGGAUCACAGCCAACUCCUAAAAGUUAGCAUUUGACCUCCACUGCACACUGCAGUGUGGGUGAGUCCCCCAACACACACAUAACCCCCCCACACACACACACACACUACACAAGCACAAAACAAAUAAGUAAAAUUUUCAAAAACUGUAGGCGGGGCAGGGAUGAGUGCACAGAUCUGCACAGGUCCUGGGGUAUUCCUAAGUGUUUACUGAGCCUGCAUCCCUUACAGGAGGUAAUGGAAGCCUGGGGCAGUUACUGAAUAGAAGCCAUGCAAAGCCUUGUGAGAUGGAUGCCCUUGAGUCCUCAGCAGCUCCCAUGGCCCUUAGUCUCACAUUUUACACAUGAUGGUAAGAGAAGACAAAGUUGUUUUCUUUUAGACAGGGCCUCAGGCUGGCCUUGAAUUCACUGGGUAGCUGAGGAUAACCUUAAAGUCCUGAUCCUUCUGCCUCAGUUUCCCAAGUGCUAAAAUGGCAGGUAUGCACUAUGACUGGUGUAUGCAAUGGUAGGGAUGGAAGCCAGAGUUCUGUGCACACAAAGUAAAUAUUCUACACCUGAGCUCCAGGCACUCUGUCAACUGAGCCCUAAGCACUCUGUCAACUGAGCCCCAAGUACUCUGCCAACUGAGCUCCAAGCACUCUAUCAACUGAGCCCCAAGCACUCUGCCAGCUGAGCUCCAAGCACUCUGCUAACUGUGCUCCAAACACUACCAACUUAGCUCGAUUCCCAAACCAGCUGACACACACACACACACACACACACACACACACACACACACACACACACACACACCAGCAGGCUUGGGAAGUGGUUGAGAAAAGCAAACUGGACCCUGAUCCCUAAAGGUCCCUGCCGCUGGGGGCACAGCUUCUUAGUAACAUUUCCUAAUUCAGAAGGAACCCCACCAAUCCCCGGCUCCAGGGACUGGGGGCGUGGCCUGCUGGAGCCUGGCCCGCUGGGGGCGUGGCCUGCUGGGGCUUAGUGGUUGUUCCCAGCCACAGCACUGUCUGCUGCGUGAAGUGGGGCGGGGGUGCUUUAGGCUUUUCUGAACUGGAGCCUCAUCUUCAGCUCUUUCCCUCCCUGGCGUGUCUGCUUGGGCCACGUAUGUGGGAGGAGUGUGAGUGUGCGUGCGCGCGCGAAUGGCUACAGUUCUGCUGUGUUUUGUUUUUUUUUUCUUUUCUGGGAGCUUUGAUGUUCCGUGGAUCUGUGAUAUCUGACACUGUGGAUGUUAAUGUACUUCUUGGACAUUUUAAUAAAAUUUUUUUAACAGCUCAA